UGUUCCCAGAGAGGAACAAAGGUUUCCCCAUCGCACUCUGCCCUUCUUGUGUCUUGACGCUUUGAUGGUGGAAGAAGAGGGGUAAAAACAAUAUUUCGGGUGAUGUCAAGUGGCUAGAAAAUGUUUCUACGCGAAUUUUUUGGAGUGAGCAUCAUGAAGAAUUACCCGCUGUGCUCUGUCGCUUCUCUGUGGAUUUUUCUUCACUUCGGCGUGCUUCUCAAGGGCUCUGAUGUAUACUGUGAUGAAAAGCCGUGUAACAGCAAGGAAACAACAACAACAACAACAAAUAUAACACUUGCCUCACCUCCAAGUUGCAUUUUAUCCCUUGGGAACGUCUUUGGAAUUGGUACACUCACUGGGUUGACCCCUGGAGCCAAGUAUCAAGUCUUCCUCAACUGUUCAAGCUGCUGUCAAGAGGUCACAAUGAAGCCUGAGAAAGCCACCAAUCUUGUUGUCAACGAUUUCACAACAUCUUCUAUAACGGUGAGCUGGACCCAACCAGAGGGAAACUUCUCAUUCUAUGUAAUACAAUGGACUGAUGGAAAAGAUCCCCAAAGAGAGAAUGUGACUACAACGUCAAAAACCAUGACUGGCUUGUCUCCUGGGACCUUGUACGAUAUAAGUGUAACUACAGUAGCAGAUGAUAGAAUGACUGAAGGUGGUCCUGCAGCAGCGUCUCAGUAUACCAAACCUGAGAAAGCUACCAAUCUUGUUGUCAACAAUUUCACAACAUCUUCUAUAACGGUGAGCUGGACCCAACCAGAAGGAAACUUUUCAUUCUACAUAGUACAAUGGACUGAUGGAAAUGAUCCCCAAAGAGAGAAUGUGACAACAAUGUCAAAAAGCAUUACUGGCUUGUCUCCUGGGACCUUGUACAAUAUAAGUGUAACUACAGUUGCGGAUGACAGAAUGACUGAAGGUGCUCCUGCAGCUGUGUCUCACUAUACCAAGCCCGAGAAAGCCACCAAUCUUGUUGUCAACAGUUUCACAACAUCUUCUAUAACAGUGAGCUGGAUCCAACCAGAAGGAAACUUCUCAUUCUACAUAGUACAAUGGACUAAUGGAAAAGAUACCCAAAGAGAGAAUGCGACUACAAUGUCAAAAAGCAUUACUGGCUUGUCUCCUGGGACCUUGUACAAUAUAAGUGUAACUACAGUCGCGGAUGAUAGAAUGACUGAAGGUGCUCCUGCAGCUGUGUCUCAGUAUACAAGGCCUGAGAGGCCUGAAGAAAUAAUGGUUACAGCAGGAACUGAGAACAUGAAAAUUGAGUGGAACUUAUUCCAUGGAAGAGCUGAUUUUUAUGUGGUGAAUAUCUCAAAUGAAGAGGUGUCGUAUUCCUUCAGCAAAAACACAACAGCAAACACAACCAAUUUUACUGGUUUGUACCCCGGCAGAGUUUAUUUCAUUUCAGUCAUUGCCUUUGCUGGAACCCUAAGCAACACAUCAAACCAGAUCUCAUUCGCUACCUUUCCUACACCACCCGGUUCCCUUAAUGUCAUGCAAAGGACAAAUGCUUCAAUUCACCUUCAAUGGGAGACUCCCACCAAGAUGGAGGGCGCGCCUUUGAUCAGUUACCACAUCGCUUACCAACAAGCAGGUGGUUCAUUGCAAACUGCUAACACCACCAAUAACAGCAUGGUGUUGUCACAACUCUCAUCUGGAACAUUGUAUAAUGUAACUGUGGACACAGUCGGACCCCAAAAUCUGAUGAGCUCGGUUGUCCAUAGAUCAGCAUACACCUUGCCCAACCCUGUGGUAAACCUUGUCUCCAGUCCUUUCAAUGCUACCUCAAUAAAAGUGGCAUGGUCAAGCCCGUAUGGAGUGCAAACAUAUUACGAAUACUUGGUACAAACCUAUAAGUCCACAGGAACACUUGUGAAGCCACAAACAGUCAGUAAUAACAAUGCUGACGUACAUGACCUGGAACCAGGAACUAAGUACAACAUUAGUGUUACCACAUUAGCAACAGCAGGAAGUGAAUCCACAGAAGAGCACACUCUUGCUUGUACAAUGCCCAACCCUGUGACGAAACUCCAAGUUCAGGAUUUCAACACAACAGCCAUCCAAUUGAUAUGGCACAGAUCAAGUGACUACAAGGACACCUACACCUAUCUGCUAACCACAUUCCAAGAUGACACAAUGGUUUACAAUGUGACAACAAAAACAGAAAUGUAUACUCUUCUCAAUCUGACUCCUGGAACUCUUUACAAUUUGCAUGUGUUCACAGUAGUUGAAGCGCUGAAGUCUACACCACAACAAGCAUGGCAAUAUACAAAACCUGAGAAAGCUACCAAUCUUGUUGUCAACAAUUUCACAACAUCUUCUAUAACGGUGAGCUGGACCCAACCAGAAGGAAACUUUUCAUUCUACAUAGUACAAUGGACUGAUGGAAAAGAUCCCCAAAGAGAGAAUGUGACAAUAACGUCAAAAAGCCUUACUGGCUUGUCUCCUGGGACCUUGUACAAUAUAAGUGUAACUACAGUGGCGGAUGAUAGAAUGACUGAAGGUGCUCCUGCAGCUGUGUCUCAGUAUACAAAGCCUGAGAAAGCCACAAAUCUUGUUGUCAAUAAUUUCACAACAACUUCUAUAAUGGUGAGCUGGACCCAGCCAGAAGGAUACUUCUCAUUCUAUGUAAUACAAUGGACUGUUGGAAACGUUCUCCGAAAAGAGAAUUUGACUCCAACAUCAAAAAAUAUUACUGGCUUGUCUCCUGGGACCUUGUGUGAUAUAAGUGUGACUAUAGUGGCGGAUGAUGGAAUGACUGAAGGUGCACCUGCAGCUGUGUCUCACUAUACCAAACCAGGUAUCAUUUGUGAACCCUCCGCUUCUACAAACACCUCCACAAUGUCUUUGAAAUGGACCCCACCUGAUGGUGAGGUCUUUAUGUACCAGGUGAAGUGGAACAACAGAGGAAAGCAAUUCACCAAAUACACAAAUGAUAGCUUCACUUUGCUAUCAGACUUGGUCUCUGGUACAUCAUACACAGUCACAGUUGUUUGCAUUGCUGGAGACAAUCAAACGGAGGGAGAAGCCUACACAUUUGUCCAAGUCACAAGACCAAACAAGAUUGAUAAACUGGAGGCAUACACUGUAAACUCAACGGCAAUACGCCUGGUUUGGAUGAAACCGCAGGAGCACAAGUCUAACUAUACGUAUAGGAUUCAGACAACUGGCUGUGGCUCCCAAAACACAACUGCGGCAGACAACGUUGCAGUGAUCUUAGAGCUCAAUCCUGGCACACAGUGCACUUUCUGUGUUUUUGUCCAAACAGCAGGUGGCAUAGAAGGGGAAGCAGAGUGCAUCUCUCAGUUCACAAUGCCUGAGGCAGUACAACCUAGUAUCUCUAGUCAAGGCUCAAAUAUGUCAGUCCUGGUGUCAUGGAUAAGACCACCAGGAAAUGUAGACGGGUACAGUGUUCACCUCAACAGCUCUUCUGCAUCACAAACACAACCAGUAGGGUCUACCGACAACUCCUUGCUUUUCAAGGGGUUGUCUGCUGGAAGGCUGUACAGUGCCAUGGUGAUGUCCCAUAGUGGAACAUUCAAUGCAUCAUCUGAAUAUGUUACGAGUGCUACCUUUCCAAACCCACCUGGGCCGAUUGAGAUCCUCACAAAAACAACAAACUCAAUAGAAGGAAGGUGGACAGAAGCUCCCCUGAUGGAAAGCACAUCGUUCUACUACCAGCUAACAAUUGCUCCACUUGACGGACGUGGAUAUAUUAAUACCACAAACUCAAGUCAUACUUUUGAAUCCUUGCACUCUGGGACGCCUUACAACAUUUCCGUAGCAACAGUUGGGGUUUUGGGUUUUAGGAGUGAAGUGAUCCAAGCCUAUUUGGUUACCACAAAACCCUCGGCUGUGACGUUCCUGAGCACUUUUGCGGAGGAGGAUUACAUCACAGUCACAUGGCUUCAACCUGAUGAAAACAAAGAAAGUUAUCUUUAUUAUUUGACCUGGGAACGUACAGAUUGGCCAUUUAAUGGCACUAUUGCGACUAACGAAACAAUGUAUACUGUCAAAAACCUGGUGCCUGGCAGUAGGUAUAACUUUUCUGUCAUCUCUAAGACUCAGGAUGGAACUCAGAGUGCUCCCAGAUGGAUUUCAAAUUGCACAGGUUCAAGCCCUGUAAGAAAUGUAACUUGCCAAGGUCCGGACAAUCCAAAUGCAGAAAUCGUCUUGUCCUGGGCUAAGCCCAUUGGUCAGUUUAAUGACUUUCGCAUCACUAUAAAUAAUAUGGAAAUCAUCUGUGGGAAAAGCACUUGUGACCAAAGCUGCAGUCAGACCAUUUCCAACCUAAGUCACUACACUUUAUACAAAAUCACGAUGGAGACAUUGAGCUGUGGACAAUCUGCUACUCCGGUGUCUCACCACUGCAGGACUGGCAUCACAGACCCACCAAUUCCAGUGGGCUACAAGUCAUUGGUUAGUGUGAAAGAAAAAGUGUACAACAGAUUCACCAUUCAGAUCAACACCAGCCUGAUGGUUGAGACCAUGGGGCCAAUCACUCAUUUUGGUGUGCUGCUAACAGACAUUAUAAAAGAAUCUGGCAUGGCUAAUAUGAGUGCCUACUUGGGGAAAACACAUCAACAGUGGCUUGGCAAACAGACUCCGGUAUACCUGGCAACAGUCAAGGAAAGAACUGGUCAGUCACGCAGUGAAGACAACAUGUUGUCUGUAGACAUUGGAGACGGGUCGGAAUGGAAGGGCUACACCAAUGGAGCCCUUCUUGCCAAUCGAAGAUACCAGUAUGCCAUUGUUUUGUUCACUAGAAUGAAGCUCCAAGACAACAUAGCGUUAGUGUCAUAUGAAUCAAAGUUCUCUAUUACAAAUGUCUAUCAAGUGAUAGAACUCCCACAAAACCCAGUUGUUAUCAGCGUUGCUGUCGGAGCAACUUUGGGGAUUUUCAUCAUUCUCUUCAUCAUUCUCAUUGGCUUCAUUGUCUACUGGAAAAGGUUAUCCAAAAAAGAAUCCUCAGACAUCCAGAUUCAUUCCAUGAGAAGCGCAGCAGUGAGGGUUGAGGACUAUGAAGCUCACUACAAGAAGCAGAAGGCGGACUCGAAUUGCGGCUUUGCUGAGGAGUUUGAGGAACUAAAGCUGGUUGGUACAUGUCAGUCAAAAGCGAGUGCCCUGAUUCAAGAGAACAAGGUCAAGAAUCGCUACAACAAUGUGCUUCCAUAUGAUUCCUCUCGAGUAAAACUCUCUAUUAUUCAUGGAAGUCCAUAUGACGACUACAUCAAUGCUAACUACAUGCUGGGUUACAACUCCAAAAAGGAGUUUAUUGCAGCCCAGGGUCCUUUGCCCAUCACUGUCAAGGAUUUUUGGAGGAUGAUAUGGGAAAAGAAUGUGCACACCCUGGUCAUGCUGACACGCUGUAAUGAACAGGGCAGAAUCAAGUGUGAACAGUACUGGCAUUCAAGCACCAAGCACUUUGAAUACAUCCGUGUAACAACAACCUCUGAAAUACCACUUGAUGACUGGACCAUUAGGGACUUUGAGAUUAAAAAUGUGAAAACAGCAGAGACUCGUUCAGUACGCCAAUUCCACUUCAUAGCUUGGCCCGACCACGGAGUACCAGAAACCACCGAGCUCCUUAUCAGCUUCAGACAUCUGGUCAGAGAACAUAUGGAUCAAUAUUCCACCAACUCUCCCACUGUGGUCCACUGCAGCGCUGGGGUGGGCCGCACUGGCACCUUCAUAGCCAUAGAUCGUCUCAUCUUCCAAAUUGAAAGGGAAAAUGUGGUGGAUGUAUACGGCGUCGUCCAUGACCUCCGUAUGCAUCGCCCUCUCAUGGUGCAGACAGAGGACCAGUAUGUGUUUUUAAACCAAUGUGCAAUGGACAUAAUCCGAUCAAGAACUGGAACCAACGUGGAUCUAAUCUACCAAAACACUGCCGCCCUCUCAAUUUAUGAAAAUGUAGAACCAAGAAAAGGUUAUUAUAAAAACAGAUAUCACAAUACAUAAACCCAGCUGAAGCGCUCAUGUCUUCUGCUUCAUUUUCAUUCAAGGAAAAGGGAGUGCUUUUCUAAAAUUGCACCUGUCACAUAGUUCUUGUUGAGGACUGUUGUAGUUCUCCAAAUCAAAAAAACUUUUUCUUUUAAUUUAAAUUGUUAAGCAAUUCAUUGAACUGGUGAGAGAAUUUCCUGUAACAUAUUUGAAUUGUGUAGCUCUCUACUGUAAUUAUGCUGCCCUAUUACUGUACAUGACUCCUCAGGUUUAUGGCUAUGACUGACACUUUUAAAGUGUAAAAAAUAAAUUGUUUUAAACUCAACUGUUGGUCUGGGGCCUCUGCAAUUGGCAGGCGACCAGUUCAGGGUGUACCCUGCCUCUCACCCAGUCAGCUGGGAUAGGCUCCGGAACACCCCCAACACUUUUGAAGAUAAGCAGUACAGAAAAUGGAUGUAUGGAUGGAUGGAUGGGCUUGUGCCUCUCUGAUGAGGCUUGAAACCAGCAGACGGGACUCAAGUGAUCCCCAAAUUUAAAUAGCGCUAAACUUACUAUUGUAAAUAGAACUGAAUAAUAUAACAUAUUUAUCAUGACUUCAUCAUUCUUUAUUUUGAACUAUGCAAUGAUGUGUUUUUUUUGUGUACUAAGUUUUUUUUGUAUUUUUUUACACUGAUGUGAAGCAUGCACUGGAGGCAUUUAUGGCUCAUACUCAUUUGUUAGUAAGGAAGCAUUUUUUUAAUCAGCCGUAUUAUUUGGCUAGUUUUGAAUAUUCAUCAUUAUGUUUUAUGAGGUCACUCUAUUUUGAAAUCUCAUUAUUCAUUUGCAUUCUCAGAUCACCUCCUGCUGAGUAUAAUGUUAAACAUUCAUGUACUGCAUAUGGUAUUAACAUUAUUGUAAUACUAGUCUCUGCUUUUAGAAAAGAUAUGUUUUGAAAAUGAGGGUGUUACAUACUUUUUAAAAAAUAUAUUCAAAAUCUCAGCCGACCAGUGUUUUUUUUUUUUUUUUUGUGGUUUGUUUUUUCCAGAAGCACUUUAAGAAAAUCAGGAAGUGCAUACUCACAAAAAAAAAUGUGUAAAAUGGAGUUUGUUGUUAUUAUUUGCUAUGAGAUGCUUGCUGGUACAAUGCAAACGUGUAAAUGACCCGCCCUUUUUUCUCUGGUGUGUAAUGAAACAAAACGGUGAUGUACACUAUGGUCUUAGAACCGGACUUCUUACUUGGUUAUGUAGAUGCCACUAGAGGGCGCUCGUCUAUGUGUGACAUUUCUAAUGAAUGAGAAUGCGUGCGUAAACAAGUAACACACACAAACCAUCCAUAUAUGUUUUUUUUGUUCAUUUUGAACUUCCCACGCAAAUAAUGGAUGCUUAUAGGAUCUUUUGCUCCUUUUGUCGAGAGAGAUGGCGAGAGAGAGAGACAGAGAGACAGCGAGAGCGAGUCAGAGAGAGAGAGAGAGAGAGAGAGAGAAAGAAAGAGAG